AUGCCAUUGGAGGGCAAGAACGAUACGCCCGAAGUCUCAAAAGUGGAGGAAUACGACACAGAGAGGGAUGCGUGGACAGAGAAAAAGUCCAUGCCAACGGGUCGAUUUCGGCUCGCUACUGCUGCGGUCGGUGGGAAGAUUUAUGUCAUGGGCGGAACACCCAAUAAUUUUCAAGCUCUAGCAACGGUAGAAGAAUACGACACCAAAACGGACUCCUGGACAAAGAAAGCGGACAUGCCAACGGCGAGAAUGGGGUUAGCCGCCGUCGUGGUCGGCGGGAAGAUUUAUGCUAUUGGCGGGGCAGCAGAUUUCUUCUUCCCAACCGGGGCGGUCGAGGUCUACAACUCUGCAACCGACUCUUGGGAGCAGAAACCUGAUAUGGCGAAUCCGAGAUGGAACCUAGCUGCCGCGGCGGUGCUGUCAAAAAUUUAUGUCUUUGGCGGGGCAGUGGAUAUCAGUCAUCAAAAGGCGACCGACCUAGUAGAGGAAUACGACACCAAGACAGACACCUGGAUCCCUAAAGCCAAAAUGCGGCGAGAUUUUCAUGGUCAUGGCGCGGCUUUUGUCAACAGUGGCAAGAUCUAUACCAUUGGAGGACAGAAAUGGAAAGGAAAAGGCGGGUUUCAAAAUUUGGCAGAGGGCCCAACCGAUUGGACGAUGUACCGACAGUGGCUGAAUAUGACCCCGAGAAAGACAGAUGGGAAAUCAAGGAAGAUAUGCCAACUCCACGGUCGACUUUAG